GCUCGUGGUCCAUGGUCGGCUGGGUUUCGCAUGCGUGUGGGGCGCGCGCAUAUUCCUUUGUUGCUGGAGAGGAGAAUGAUUCGUUUCUUGAAUGCGUGGAAGGAGUACAGAGGCCACAUAGUUUUCAAAUUCCACGCAUGCAUUCACCUGGCCGAACAGGCCCUCUUGAAGGGUAGCCCGCGGGCGUACUGGACGCACCCCGGCGAGGCGGGGAAUCGGCUGAUGCAGCGGGUGGCGAAAUCCCUCCACGGCGGGCAGACAUUCUACGUCACGUUGCUCGAAAAAGGUCGCGGCCUGAGGUCGAUGGUCUCUGGCGACGUUCUAUUCGAGCACUGAGACGUAGAAUGUGGAACCGCCGUGGGGGUGUUCGCUCCCCUGCUGAAGUCGAUUGUCCGCUUCGCUGGGGCACGUUCCGGGCGCCGACGACAAAGGA